AUGACAGGCGCUGCCCGCGGCCCCGGUCUUGCCUUCGCAAAAGUCCUCGCCGAGAAUCGGGCGAACCUUGCCGUCCUAGACAUCGUACCGCCAGACCAACCCCUGGAGCGGAUGAAAACCGACUAUGGGAUGAGGGUCACAACUCUGCUGGAACGAGGCGUCCUAAAUGCCAAGAGUGCUGAGUCGGACAGCAUCAGUGCAGCUGAGGCCGUGACAGAUGUGCAUUUCCUCACCACUUCGGACAAGAACCUCUCAUCUCUAUUCGCUGUAAACAGUUCACAGGCUCUUUCCUCGUAG